AUGUCGGACCCCGCGAUCAAGUUGCCUGAUGACCGCCUGGUCAUCGCUCUCGACUUUGGUACCACCUUUUCUGGAGUGGCGUACUCCUUCAAUGUGCCUGGCAAGAAGGCAGAUGUCAAGUCCAUCCAAGACUGGCCUGGCCUUGAGGGCUAUCGCCAGCCCAAGGUGCCGACCUUGAUUAUGUACGACCAGCAGGAUCCCUCCAAGUUCAAGUGGGGUGGCGAGGUCGACUGGCGCGACCCUGCCGUUCGUGGUGUCAAGUUGCUACUUGACCCCGACCAAGACAGGCCUGUUUAUCUCCCCAUGUCCAGUUUCAGGAACGACCUCCAAGCUAUUUCGAAGACCCCCGUUGAUGUUGCCGCCGACUUCAUUGGCGCCAUCUACAAACACGCACUCACUGUCAUCCAAUCUGCGGUUCUGCAGGACUACUUCGACUUCUGCGAGAAAGACUUCGUCCUGAGCGUGCCUGCUGUUUGGUCUGACAAGGCCAAAGAUCUGACUUUGAAGGCUGCCAAGACGGCCGGAAUUCAUCCUGUCACGUUGAUCAAGGAGCCAGAGGCAGCUGCGUUGUACACGCUGACCACUCACGACCAUGCCAUCAAGGCGGGUGACGCUUUUGUGGUCUGUGACGCUGGUGGCGGCACCGUUGAUCUCAUCACUUACGAGGUCAAGAAGACCGAGCCUUGCCUUCAACUGUCGGAGCUAGUUCCUGGAAAGGGUGGAAUGGCAGGCUCUCUUGGAUUGAACAAGCGGUUCGAGGAGGCCGUGCGAGAGGUCGUCGGUGAGGACCAGUUCUUCUACCUCAAGAAGACUGUCGGCUGGUCCAAGGCUCUCAAUGACUUCGACAAGAACAUCAAGACGGCUUUCAAUGGCAACGCCCGCGACAUUCAAUACGUCACCUUCCCCAAAGCUGAACUUCAGGACAACUUCACGGAGGGCCUGACUGGCAACUGUUGGGAGAUGACUGGGGUAAAAAACGGGUGGUAUAGGGCAACUUUUUAA